AUAACACUUUCCGAGCAAUGAACUUCUUAACACAAUCUUCUCAUUUUAGCUUCUGUUUGGCACUGGCAAAUGCAAACAACAAUAUUUUUUCAUCUAAAAAAAACACCACAUAUUUACAAAAACAUUGCUUCUAGGCAAAUAUUCUUUUCAAACAACGAGUAGUGUGCAAAAUAACCCUAUUUUAUUGGACAAUGAUUGGAAUUGAAUUAAUUGAUGGUAUUGGUUGUUUUCUCGACAAAUGUAACUCAAUAGCUAUGUUUCCUCUUUUUUUAUACAACACUUUCGAAGAAUGCCGUUACAAUCGUUCGAAUUGUGCGUGCGAACAGUAUAAUAAUGGCGUACGAUCGAUGGAAACUCGUUACAGUCCAUUGGAAGCCAUCGAUCAGCUAUGGCUUGCGGAAAAGGAAGUUUGCUAGCCAUCGGUACACUGCUGCUUGUGUGCAGUCUGCUAGAAUGGGCCGAAGGACGCUGUGCUCGGGGACCCAGUCUAGAAGUAGGCCAAAAAUUGCGUGCAUCUCGGGCACCAGUGGCAGCCAAACCUGGCGGUAAGGUUCAUAAACCGCCCCGACCCUUCGAGGCGGGACUGGGCGUGUAUAAGGAGGGAGACAUCAUGGAGAGGGCCCCAACACAACGGAACGGCGUCGCACUGAGUGCCUUCCCGAAUGCUCGCUGGCCAAAUGCAGUGGUACCGUACGUGAUUACGGGCACGUUCACUGCUGCUCAGCGAUCGAUCAUUGAAUCGGGUAUGGCCCAAAUCGCUGGCGCCACGUGCGUCCGAUUCGUGCCACGCUCGUCCGAGGCACUCUAUGUGACGAUUGGUAACGGAGAGACUGGAUGCUGGUCGUACGUGGGUCGCAGUACCCGCAAUACCGAGAACCAGGUUAACCUCCAGAGCCCGGAGUGUGUGGACAUCGGUACGGUAGUGCACGAGUUGAUGCACUCAAUAGGGUUUUAUCACGAGUUUACCCGCCCUGACCGUGAUGAGUACGUGUCGAUCGAUCGUACCGCACUAGCAGCAGAAUACCAGACGGCUAGCUUCUAUCAAGACAACUACGCCAAGAUGGCCGCCACCGAUGUGGUUCUGUAUGGUAGAGCAUACGAUUACGGUAGUGUUAUGCACUACUCGAAGUAUGCGGCUGCAGCAAGCCGCACGAAGCCGGUUAUGAACAACCUCAAACCCUGGACCGGUGACUUUGGCAAUGAUAAUGGACUUUCGCCCGCUGACAUUAUCGAUAUCAAUUACAUGUAUUGCAACAGUACCUCUACUACCACCACGGCCGCGACUACUACUACCACUACAACUACUAUCCGGCCGGUAACUACUACGACGACCACGACUACUAGACCUGUAACUACUACUACCACUACUACUUCUCUAGCUGCCACCACUACCACCACUACUCGGGCCGCGACAUCCACUACCAGGGCUCCAACAACCACCACUACUGUACGGACACUUCCAACCGUUAUACCGGAUCGCACGGGAAUAUUCACGACGCUCAUUCAGUUGCCACUGACCCGGUUCCUUGAGUUACUCCGUUCGCUUCCAUUAUUUAACCUGUUCACGCUGGGAUAAACGUCCAGCUGGGAUAAAUGUCAGUUCCUUCCCCCUUAACAAUCCAAAUGCCAUGCAUCAUCGCAAACAAAUAAAGUCGCCGGACUGUAUCUGAAUGCUAACGAAAAUUGUCUGCAGAUAGAUGCAUGUUUUACAUCGAAUAUUUUCAGUUGUGUCAAUAAGUGAAUUAAUAGUGACGUCAUUAUGUCACUGUUUCGGUUACAAUGGUAGUGAUUGUUUUCCCUAGCUUCCCAUCUCAACCGAUGGACCAGUUUGUGAUGCGUAUGGAUAUUUGGAACAAAACAAGUGCACUCUAGCGCCUAUUUUAACGGAAAUUGAAGGUCAAGUUUGCAAGUCUACCUGGUUUGGGUUAUCGCAAUACAAAGAUAAACUAUUUCAUGCCAUACAUCUAAUGCUGUGUAAAUUCUCUUAUCAUUUCCUAAGUUUUGAUUUGUCGAUAAUCUCUUGAAUCGAUUAAAACGGUAAAUGGUCUAAUUGCCUAUGAAUAGAAAACUAGAAGCUUGAUGAUGGGUAUAUCGGAGUGGAAUAUGAUUAGAAUGAAUGAAAACACCAGAUACACCAGAUAUGCCACAUUCUAAUUGUAGCUUAUACUGGGCAAUUAGUGU